CUGAUUUAACCAGAAGGCACAUUUACUAACAGUGCACAACGAUGAAGGUACUAGUUCUUCUUUCUCUCGUAGCUCUUUGCUUCGCUACCCAGCUUUCCAGUGGCAAACAUGUCACAGUAGGGCAAGAUGGUACUGUUACCAUCAUCGGCACUCAAGGUAGGGAAAUCCUCAUCUACAAAAAUCUUUUCAACCCAAGAAAAGUAGACAUCGUCCUCAGAAGCCCCAUGGGAUUCACCAGGAAGGUGGAAGUAGAUGAAACCAACAACAUGAUGGACGUCAACGUCAACACGCUCGACAAACUCAGACUCUUCCAACACUCAACCUACUUCAACACCCCAAUGGAACAAAUUACUCAAGCUGAUGUACUCGCUCACCUUUUCCGUCAACACGAAGGUAUUGUAGAAGAACCAACUUUCCAAACGAUUUUGGAACACAUCCAAACUUUGGUUAAGUCUGGACACCUCCACGAAUCCGUAUACGAUGUUUUGAUGAAUUUGGAACACUUAUACAUGAUUGAAGAAUUGAAGAGUGGACAUCAAAUCAUGGGAAACGGUGAAGUUAUGGAAGAAGUUUUACCAAAAAUGAUGACUAAAGAUGUUGUAUACCCCCUUGAAAGUGAACUUGUGCACGGAGUUAGAGAUGUCAUGCCUGAUGAAGAAAUUGUACCUGAAUAUUUGACUCCCAUGACUUUCCAAGAAUAUCUUAAAUACAAAACUCACGGAGCCCAAGGCUUAUGGAAUGUCGAACACUUAACCCCCGUCCAAAUGCUACUCAAACACAUCAAACAACAACAUCAAAUGGAACAAACCUUGGGAGAAGAAACCAUGACCGGGAACGUUCUUAAUCAAGAUAACAUGAAACAAGGAUACAACAAAUACUCCCAACAAGUACCACAAAUGCAAGUUAUGGGAUUCCAAAAACUUAUCCAGAAACUUAAGUUCAAUAAUGUUGCUCCCCAACAAUGGACCCAAGGACAAGUUGUUCCCCAACAAUGGACCCAAGGACAAGUUGUUCCCCAACAUUGGACCCAAGGACAAGUUGUUCCCCAACAAUGGAUGCAAAGUGGAGUAAUUCCCCAACAGUGGACCCAAGGACAAGUUGUUCCCCAACAAUGGAUGCACAGUGGAGUUGUUCCCCAACAAUGGAUGCACAGUGGAGUUGUUCCCCAACAAUGGAUGCACAGUGAAGUUGUUCCCCAACAAUGGAUGCACAAUGGAGUUGUUCCCCAACAAUGGACCCAAGGACAAGUUGUUCCUGAACAAUGGAUGCAAAAUGAAGUUGUUCCCCAACAAUGGACCCAAGGAAAAGUUGUACCCCAACAAGUAUUAAACCACCUUGUCGGUUUGGAACGCAUGAUGGAACAAGGACAAAUUCUUCCUCAAGAAUUCAAUAUGUUGAAACAACACUACCAAAGAAUGAUGAUGAUGAAGAUGAUGAUGUAAAGCUUCUUUGUUGUAUAAAGAUGUUUUAUGUUUUGUUGACCAUAAAAUAAAUAAAAUUGUUAAUUAUUUAU